UGACGUCAAAGGUAUAAAUACCGUGUAGGAUCUAUAAUCGUAUCUUAAUUUAAAGAGAAUGUCUGUCUCUGAAAGUAUGUUUUUAAGAAAUUAAUAAAUAAGCUUUAGUAACGUAUAUUUAUAGAGUCUUUGGCAGGUUUUAACGAUUGAACGCUAAAAUAGUACACGAAUUACAAGCAUCUAAUGUGAUUCGUUGCCGCCAAACGUUUCAAUGAUUGACAGUUCGUUUGGUGAAACGAUGAGUGAGUUGGAGCUUGAAAACAGUGGUACUUGUAGUAGUGGUGCUCUGAUGCCGCCUCAAGAUACAGAGAGACCAUCUCUUAAGAAGAUGAUUGAUGAAAUGAAGCCUUGCUCAGUUAUACUGGAGAAAUUGAGCGAAGAUGUUAUAAAUUACCAUCUGUCACGAAUAGACUUAAAUUUUUCAAAGCAAGAACGUGCCAAAAAGAAAUUUGCCAAACACAAGUUACAACAUAUGUCCAAAAUAAAUUAUCAUUUGUUUGAAAGGUAUAGGGAUACAAGACAAAAAUUUAUUAACAAAGAGAGAAGGAAAUCAGAAGAUUAUGCGGAUGAAGAUUUUGAUCCUGAAAGAUAUUUCUCAGAUGAUAGAUGUAAAAAGAAAAGAUCCAGAAGAAAGCCUGCUUAUGAAGAUGAUUAUGACUGGGAUCCUUCUGCAGCUAGAGAUAAAUACGGAAAUAAAGCUAAUAGAUCUACAUAUUCUCCUAAGAGACUAAGGCGAAUUAUGAAAAGACCAAUUUCUGAAAGUGAAUCAAGUUCAAGUGAUUUUUUUGAUUAUUUUCUGGAAGAAGAAAGAGACUUCAAUGAAAAUGAACCAAGUGCCUCUAGAAGCGCAGGUGUUUCAGUUGGUGAUAUUUCACAAUCAAUUAAGAACACACAAAUUACCAAUGCUACUAAAGACAUGGAUGGUGACCAGACUGAUUUUAAUACAUCCAAAGUCCUACCACAAGCAAUAUCAGAUUCUAGUUCCUUAAAUCUUACUUCUGAAUCUUCUAAAAAUAAUGAUAUAAUAUCUAAAAUUAUCAAAGACAUGGAUAAUCUUAAAAGCACGAAAAAUGUAAAUAAAAUAUGCCAACAUCCCAAUGCAUCUAUAUCAAACAAAGGGAAGCUACAUGAAAAUGUAGUUCUAAGGCCCACAGGUCAAAUGAGGAAGAGGUCAAAAAUGCGUAAUCCAGAUGUUCGUGUUGUGCGGGCUAUUAUUAAUAACAUGGUUAACUCUGUGUGUUCAGCUGAAAACAAACGCCUUAAAAAUAUUGUGAAUAAUAAUAAUAAGAAGAAGAAGUGUAGGUGGUGUGCAGCUCUAUUUACUUCUAGUAAUAAAAAUGAUGUUUAUUGUUUAAUAUGUAAAGAUAGGAAAAUUGGUUUUAUUGGUAAAUCAGUGUACAAAAUGCAAAAUAAAUCAAAGCCAAAUGAGAAAAACUUGGGUACAGCUAAGGCUACAAAUUCUAAAAAUAAAAUGAUGGAUAAAUUACGGAAAAAUAUGCCAAAAUAUGAAAUACAAAGAUUAAUGUAUGCUGAUAAAACUGAUAAAGCAGCAGUUGAAAAAGGUUAUAAUCAUUGUAAGAGCUUUAAUACUUCUAAAGAUGGAAAUGGUGGUAUAGCUACAUUUUCAAACCCAUGUACAUUCUCUCAAGAACAGCAAAGUGACAAAAUAUCUAAUAAGGGAAAUACUCAAAAGAAAAAGAAUCAACCAAACAUUCUAGUAAAUGCAACUGCCACCUCAGGAAAAAAUACCCUAAAAAAAUCUAAUCCAUCCAAGGCAAAGAAAGUUUCCAAAGGCUCUCCUACACUUAUCUUAAGUAGUAAAUCUAAAAAAAUAAAUGAAAGUAAAAAAAUAAAUGCAAACAAAGUUUGUGUGACAAAUGUUGACAAGGGACUGUUUCUGAUGACCUUUCCAGAGCCUGAUAAAGAACUUGAUGUUAAUGUUCUUAAAGAGUCCACAUUGGAAAAUGCAAAUAAUGUAAACAGAAGCACUGUGAUUAAAAUGGCCACAGAUAAAAUAGAAUCAAAGAAAGACUUAUCUUCUAAUAUGAAAAAUAUUCAGCCACCCGGAACAACAUUAAAAAAUUUACCAUUUGGGACAUAUUUACUGCCACCUGUACCUACAGUUGUUGUUGCUAAUUAUGCAGCUACUGAUGACAGUAAUGGGGAUUUUUAUUUGUCUAGUGUAUAUUACCAGAAUGAAAUGACUCAACAAAAAGGAGCAAUUGUAGACAGUGUUGUGGUUAGAAAUGAAAAUCUGAACAAUAGCAUUGUGCAGACUUCUCUUGCCCCUAGUAUGCCUUCAGGUACAGAUUUAAUUAACAUGAGCAAUGCUUCUAUUUUCCCUGCUAGUCAGAGUAACAUUCUGAUGCCUGUAGCUUCAUUACCAGAUGGAAGUUUUAUAAAAACUGUCGACAUGGUAUCAAAUUCAGGUAUCAAAAGUUCAGAAUUGGCUCGACAUUUAACUCUGCCAGUUCCAGGUUUAAAUCAGAUAGCUCAUUCUAAUGAUUCUUUUUCUUCAGAUGUUGUAAGUAAUGAAAACUGCCAUACAUCUGAAACUGAAAACUGCUUCAGCUCUGAAAAUCAGUUUAUCCCAAAUGUUCCUAAUAUGAAUUCUGAAAUGUCAUUGUUUGAAAUGAAUUCUGAAAGCAUAGCUCAGGAACGAGAAUCUACAAAGGAACAAUUAACUAACAAUUUUGAUCCAAGUAACACAAAUCCUUAUGCAGUGUUGGAUACUUCUGCUUCAAACUCAAAUAUUCAUGAAAAUUUAAAUAUGACUAGUAAUGCAGAUAAAGAUACUUCUAGCAAAAUUGGCCUUCCAGAAGGAAAUUCUAGUGUAUCAGAACUAGAUGAAAUGUCUCUGAAUUCUGAUACUUCUGGUAUAAAUGCUAAUUCAUCUGAAAAUCUUUUAACUGAAGCAUAUCAGGAAAUUGAAGCUAUAUCUAUUUUGGGUGUCGUAGACUUGGAUAAAAAUCCUCAUGUUAUGCUUGCAUAUAGAAUAGAAGUGGUAAAAAAACAAUAUGAACAGCUUAAAAAUCAAAAAGAUAAAGUUGUAGAUGAGAGACUUGGUGAUAUUCAUUCUCAAUAUGCGAGCCUACUUAAGGCAAAAGAACUUUUAAAUAAAUUUCGCUCAUUUGCUAGAGUUUCUGAAUAUUAUUUAAGAAAAGAAAAGUUCAUACAAAUUAAGAAAGAAAAAAUGAUGGAAGAAGAUAAUGAGAGACCUGCCUGCCAGUAUUCAAAAAAUUCUGCUUCAAAUGAAUUGGCAAAUUUUGUGGGUGAAGAAUCUGUUUCAUCAGCAAGUGGGAAAACUGACCAAAUUAAUAAAUCAUAUUCACUUGCAAAUGAUGCAUCAUCUGUUAAUCAUAUAGAAAAAAUUCAGUUUCAGAUUGCUGCUAUAAAUGAAACUUCAUCUCCAAGUGACCAUGUUCCUGGUAGUGUUAUGCAUCAUUUUCCAGCUCCCAGUAAUUCUUCUGUAGUUACUGUAUCCACACCAGUUACACCAGGGAAUGAACUAGGAAAUGAAGCUAGAGAAACUCCUUCAAGAGGCAGUGGACCUAGAACACCAGCUAGGCCAGAGAGUGCAACCUCACAAUUAGAAGAAAAUAUCUUAACACCUGCACAGGUCAAGAGGGAGAGAUUAGAAGCUGUAACAUCACCAUUUUCACAGUGUGCUUAUUCUGUUAGCUCUCCUUCCCCUCAUUUAACAAUUCCUUCUCCUAAUGUGCCACAAGUUACCAGUCCAUUAGCAAACAUGAUGCCUGUGAACUCAAAUGUUUCUCUAACUGUAAGUAACAAUAAUUCGCCACAGUUUCAGAAUACGACUUAUUCUCAAAAUAAGGAUAUUCCACCUAAUAGAACAGUUCCUUUUAACACCAAUCAAAAUUUAUCAAAAGUUUUACUGAAUCUAGCAGCACAUCAGCAACAGAUUCAAAACACAAAUCCAAAUAUGAAUAUAAAUAAUCCACAAAACAAUGUGCUUUUUAAUAAUGGAAAAGUAAUAAAUGUGCAACAAAUAUAUCUUCCUGGAGGAGCAAAACGUACACAAAAAUUAAAUGUUCAACCUGUGCCUUCAGUUUCAAAUACAAAUCAAUACAUCCUCAGACAGCCAUCUGUGAAUACUGCAAAUACAAAUGGCGGAACUGUACUUGUGAAUAAUCAUGUUGCGUCACAGAAAGUCUGGCAUAGGAAUGAAGCUAACCCACAAGUCUUUGCUCCACAACAGGUUUCUCAGGUCUAUAAUACACCGCCUACGCAAAUGACUGUCAGUGCAUCCCAUCAACAAAGUUCAUCACCUGCAUUUGCUGUGCAAAAUAAGGAGUCUGCUGAUGAAUCUACUGAUCAGAUGUUUUGUGCUGUUUGCAAUAAUAUUGCUACACUUCGAUGCAAGCAGUGUGCCAAAGUUGCUUACUGCAAUACUGCAUGUGCUAGAACAUACUGGCACCAAAAGCACAAGAUGGAAUGUAAACCCAUGACUAAUUUAAUAUGAUGUUAUUUUGCAUUUAUGUUAAGUAUAUGUUUUUCAGUAUUUAAAAAUACAUUUUGCUUUUGUACAUGCUUCAGUUACACGGACAGUGGAUUAUGGAUGGAAGAUAAUUAUUUUGAUCUUCAGAAGUGAGCAAAACACAAGCCUUAUUUGAGCUAAGAUUUUUAGCAUGAUUUUAAAUACUUUCAUUCAGCUUGAAUGAAGUGUUCUAUUAUGUUGUCUUUAGAGCUUAUAUGUAUGUGUUAUUGUAUGGUAUAAAAGUGUUGUUAUUGUGUUAUGCACUUUUUUAUGUAAUGUGAAAAUAUUUUGCACUUUUUUGUUCCAUGUGUUAAAUCAUAUUUUUUAGAAUUUGAAUUAAAAUCUGUAAAGAUUUUGCAGCUCAUUUAUAGAGGUCAACCAAAGUUUCAACUGAAAAGAAAAUGUUUGAUAAUAGCCAUUUGCCAAUAUUCUAUUUUUCUAAAUAUGCAAAAUGCAAUGAUGCAGUAAAAUUUACUUUGAAAAAUAUUGCUAUUCUUCUCAUAUUUUGAAAACUCAGUUUAUUUUUAGAAAUAUUGUUUAAUAUUGCUGAUUUAAAAUUUUCUGAAAGACCACAGAAAAAAAGAAUGAAAAAAAUCAAAGAACAAUUUAUAGAAAAGAAAAAUGACAGUGCUAAAAAUUAUUAGUAAGGGGCUAGCACCAAAGUUCAGUUUUAGUAAUAUUUCCAUGAACAUUUCCAUUGAUAAUAUACAUCUUGGAUGCAGUGUUUUUAUACGUCAUAUUUUCUUUGAUGUGAGAAGUUUAUUUGUAAUCCUCUGGUAUAUGUAAAUUCAUAUGUAAAAAGUUCUAAAAUGUAAUAUUUUCCUUGAAUGAUGUUUAUAUCUGAAAAAUUACUCUUUUACUAAAUCUUAAAUGUUUAUAUUAUUUUUUGCUGCUGUUUUAUUUUUGUUAAUGAAAUUGUUUACACAUGUAAGAGAAAGUAAUUAUUAAUAACUGC